UCCACUGGCCGCGCAACUUUGUCAAGCGUACAGACAGUCUCACGACGCGUUUCAAUCGAGCAGGACACAAAGGCUAAGUACAGCAUCUGCGAUGAUGACGUCUACAACUUUGACAAGGCUGGCUUUAUGAUAGGCAAGAUCACAACUCAGCUCGUCGUGACAGGGUUAGAGAGGAGAGGCAGGCCAAAGGCUAUCCAGCCAGGCAAUCGUGAGUGGGUGACGUUGAUUGCUGCAAUCAACGCAGCUGGCUGGUCAGUCCCACCAUUCCUCAUCUUUGCUGGCAAGUACCACCUCUCUGCCUGGUACGAGGAGGAUAUCCCACGCAACUGGGCAAUUGCAGUUAGCGACAAUGGCUGGACAAACAACGAGCUAGGCGUAGAGUGGCUGAAGCACUUCAACGCUCACACGAAGACUCGCGUCGUUGGUGCGCGCCGCCUGCUCAUCCUUGACGGCCACGCGAGCCACCACUCUCUUGAGUUUCAAGAGCUUUGCAAGGAGAACAAUAUCUACACGCUCUGCAUGCCACCUCACUCAUCCCACCUGCUGCAGCCGCUUGACGUUGGCUGCUUCUCGCCGUUGAAGCGCGCGUACAGUCGUGAGGUUGAGAGCCUGAUCCGCCACCACAUCAACCACAUCACUAAGCUCGAGUUUCUGCCAGCGUUUAAGGCAGCAUUCAAUCAAUCGCUCACCUCAGCCAAUAUCUGCUCAGCUUUUCGAGGCGCAGGCCUUGUUCCUCUCCAGCCAGACGCUGUUCUAUCGAAGCUAGACGUGCAGCUGCGUACGCCGUCUCCAGCUGCUGCUCUACUAGAGGCUCCCUUGGAGGCUCGUACAUUGAGCAACGUGUGCGAGCUUGAGGCUCAAUUAAUUUUUAUACGUGAGCGCGUACGCCAGCAUAAGAGCUCGUCACCAGCUUCUAUUAUUAAAGCAAUUAACCAGCUAAAGAAGGGCGCUAAGGUGAUGAUACUCUCUGCUGAGCUGAUGCGCGAUCAGAUCACCAGCCUUGAGCGAGCCAACAAGGCAGCGUCAGCGCGUAAGCAACGGAAGAAAAAGCGUAUACAGAAGCGAGGGACCUUAACAAAGGGAGAGGGAGAGGAUAUACUCGCUCAAAGUGAGGUUGAGCAGCAGAUUUCUUGUGAAGAGCGUCAAGGAGGAGCGCGAUCAGGCCUUAGCCGCCAGGCUCUCGCGCGCUGCACAAGGUGCAGAGAGACUGGGCAUAACUCACGUACGUGUAGAAAAGAUACAUUAGAUACUGCUUAA